AUGGCCAGCUCAAGCGAAACGAUACAGCCCCGCAAGCCAAAGAUAUUCGUCGUCUACUACAGUGUCUGGGGCCAUAUAAAGGUUUUAGCUGAUGCUGUCAAGAAAGGAAUAGAAGACAGUGGCGUCGCUGACGUCGAAGUAUACCAAGUCGCUGAAACUCUUCCAAAGGACACUCUGGAUAAAAUGUAUGCUGAGAAAUUUGAUGAUCCGAUACUGGACCCAAACGACUUGGCUAAAGCUGAUGGAUUUAUAUUCGGAGUCCCAACACGGUUUGGCUCACCAGCAACGCAAAUCAAAAACUUUUGGGACGCUACCGGCCAGCUAUGGCAGAAGGGCGCCCUAAUAGGCAAACAUGGUGCAGUCUUCACUUCCAGCUCUACCCAACACGGCGGCCAAGAAACCACAAUCUUCACCUUCUUGACCCACUACGUACAUCACGGUGUCCUCUUUGUGCCGCUAGGAUACUCUAGCAAGAUACUGCAUGACCAGACGGAAGUUAUAGGGGGUAGUCCAUGGGGUGCUGGAACGGUGACGGGAAAUGAUGGAAGUAAGAUGCCUUCGCCAAAGGAAAUGGAAUUGGCUGUUCAUCAAGGAAGAUUGUUUGCUGGUGUUGUUGCUCGUGCUACUAGAUAA